AACACAGAGUUUCACUUUCCGUAGUGAGAUGGCAGGACCUAAUUUUAAGGUAUUAAUUCUUCUUUGCUUGAAACCGCCUUCUCGUAAACAUCGGAUCUUAUGUAAACUCGGUGGUAAUCUGUACUUAACACUUGAAGUGAAUAUAGAUCCAAGUACAAGCCUUCAAGUGCUGAGCUCAUUUUUUAUCUACAAGAUGCCAUUAAAGAGCAAGAGUAGGAAGAGUAUUUCAAGCAACAAAUCAAAUCCAUCGACAUCCUUGUUAGGAGCUGAAGAUGAAGUUUACUGUGAGGUACAAAGAAUCCUACGAAGCAGAGUUUGUGGUUCUGAACUUCCAAGCAGUCUACCCAACCUACAGGACCAGAGAAAGCAUCUGUUGAAUAUCAUAGAGCGAUGUGCGACCCAAGGGGAAAGCAACUCUGCAUUGGUCAUAGGUCCUCGUGGAAGUGGAAAGUCAAUGUUGCUGAAACAUGUCGUGGCUGAAGUAAUGAAGGACCGUAAGGUCUACAACAAUCUGCUUCAGGUUCAUCUGAAUGGUCUUCUACAAACUGAUGAUAGGAUUGCUAUCCAGGAGAUUACAAGACAACUCAAACUGGAGAAUGUUGCUGAGGACAAAGUCUUUGGAUCCUUUGCUGAAAACCUGGCAUUCCUGCUUGAGUCAUUAAAGAAGGAUUCAAGUGGUGCCCAGUCCAUUCUCUUCAUAGUAGAUGAAUUUGAUUUAUUUGCCCAUCAUAAGAACCAGACACUCCUCUACAAUCUAUUUGAUGUAUGUCAGUCAGCUCAAACACCCAUCACAGUCAUAGGAGUUACCUGUAGACUGGAUGUUGUGGAACUUUUGGAGAAGAGAGUGAAGUCUCGGUUCUCUCAUCGUCAGAUUCAUGUCUUCAACACGUUGACCUUUGAACAGUAUUGUGAUGUUUUCAAGGAAACCCUUACGCUGCCAUCUAAUUUUAUGGACAAAAUGUUUGCCAAGGAGUGGAACAAUCAUGUAAAGGAGCUGACAGGUGAUUGCACUGUGACUGAGAUUCUGGAGAAGACUUACAGCUUGGAUAAAUCAAUCAGGAGUCUAUACAGUCUAAUGGUGGAUUUUUGUCUCACCUGCAUAGCAGAGUGA